AUGAACGACAUCCCAGCACCAAUCCCGGCAACCUACAAGAUCCGCCUGGCGACAGAACAAGACCUGCCCCAGAUCAACGACAUCGUCAACCAUGAGAUCGCAGUCUCCAUCAACAACUUUAACUAUGGACCCCGUUCAGAACAGGACGGUCUUGCCUGGUUCCGAGCUACCAUUGCUGGCGGGUACCCCAUCUUUGUCGCUACUACGACUAAGACUGUCGAGGGGGACGAGGAGGAAGAGGUUGUGGCGGGGUACUCGUCUCUGGGAAGUUUCCGUCAGAAGGACGGGUAUCGCUAUACGGCAGAGUACUCGGUGUACAUCCAUCAUGAGCAUCGCCAGCGCGGGCUCGGAAAACGACUCAUCAAAGACCUUCUCAUCGAAGCCAAGGUCCGCAAUUUCCACUCCAUCAUCGGGAGCAUCAGUGAAGACAACGAGGCGAGUGUCCACCUCGCAAAGUCGUUCGGGUUCCGAAUCGUCGGUACGAUGAAGGAGAACGGGUACAAAUUUGACCGCUGGAUCGAUAACACCUUCUUGGAACUGCUCAUCUAA